AUGGAACCCCCCGACGACAAGGAAAACCUAGCGCCGAACGCUAGCUCUAAUGUGCUGCUCGAGUCACUCAUGGACCAGUUGCCAAUGCCGACGGUGCGUUAUCCGGAUGCCCAGGGGCAAUUCACACAGAUUCUACACAUCGGAGAGUCAGCACGUUCUAUUUUCUUACUGGAGAAGGCCACGGAACGGCGUCUGCGACUUGUGAUCGCACUUAAAGAGGCUCCACGGUCGGUCAUUAAGUGGCUGAUGCUAUUGCGUUGCCCGCUGGGUGGAAAUCCAGGGCCUUAUAACAAGCUACGACUACUUCGACGUGCACUGACGUGCAUUGACUCGAAAAAAGCGCGGGAAACGGCCGAGUACACGGAGAUUUGUAUCAUGUUGGCCAAGUUGAGCGAUAGUGAGAAAGGGGUACGACAGAAUUUUCAGGAGAUGAAAAAACGACGAGUGGGAGAAAAACAACCGUUGCGGUAUGAAGAAGAGGCGGCGUUUGAGUAUGAAGCUGGAAAUAAGGAAGCAGCGGAGGAGAUUCUGGAGCAAGGAGUAGACAAUGACGCUUAUACGCCAAUGCAGAAGGAGGAGCUACUACAACGAGUUAUUGCAGGCAGAGCAGGUUGGGUGAUGGCGUUCUCGGGCUCACCACAAGAGCAAAAGGUGCUAGCAUUACGGACGAGGAUGCAGGCACUCAGGAGAACACAAGACAAUAUUACGACCAAUAGAAUGCAGAAUAGUGGAAAAGUAGUUGCUACUACUCCACGUGGUCGUGUAGUAACGUCACUUCAUCCUUCGGCUGUUCCAUCGGAUACAACACCAAAAGGACGAGAUGCACUUACUUCGAGCUCGAUUCAGACGCCAUCGAAUGCGACGCCAGUCAUCCAUGGCCGAAAUGGAGAAGGUUUUUCGACCGUGUCUAAGAUAUUACGUAGUGGAAACAAAUCGCCGUUAAUUACAACACCCUUGCUCCCGACACGAUCGAGUCAUAAGUCGCAGUCUACAUCCAGAAAGCCAGCUGCGCGUUUUACACUCGGAGGACCACCACUUCGAGUGAUUGCAACCAAUUGCGAUGAUGAAGAUGACAAUGAUGAUGAUGACGACGACGACGACGCUAUGAUGGAGAGUCAAACCACUCCAACAAUGCCGAAUAAGCCAACAGCUUCGAUCGAGUGUCGGGAGGCUGAUAAGGCCACCAGUGCAUUACCUACAAUCAAGUCAGAAAUAACGGCUAAGCCUAAAAUCGAUGUGGGCGAUAUUUCCCAUAUAUUGAAAUGGAAUCCAGACAAGGAAAAGGAAGACAAAGGCACACACGCCGGCAGCAAGGACACUAAAGUUUCGCUUGAUAAAAUUGUAAAGCCCGCGCUAAAAAUCGGAGCACAACUCAAGACUUCUGUCGAAAAUCGACCACCAGAGAAAUUAAUUAACGUGCUGCCUGUGCCACCAGUAGGGGUGCAGCGCUUACCGCAGAGCAGAGACAUACGAUCAGUCUCGAUGAAGGUAUCAGCAUCCGACAGCAAGUCUUCUGCUCCUGAGUUUUUUCGGUCCCCUAGAUUGCAAAGCUCAUUGAAUAGCAGAGAAGAUACAGCGUUGGGAGCGUAUGUGCUGCCAAGUAGCAGCAGCAUACGUGCACAUGAUCACUAUCGUUCCCCGAAGCGCCGACAAAUUGACCUGCAUGUACCUUUGACAAAAAGUCAAGCUGAUCUGAGCUCACCAAGCUCUGUAUCGUCGUCGUCGUCCCCACCGGUGGCGUCAAUGAGCAGCACUUUGUCACGGGAUGCACUGGAAUCGCUAACGAGCAGAGUCGUGGUGAACGGUCUGAAGUACAUAAAGUUGGAGCAGAUUGGAAGCGGCGGUAGUAGUAAAGUCUACAGGAUGCUUGGCCCCGAUCUCAAGAUAUACGCGUUGAAGCGAAUCAAGUUGAAAAAGCUGGAUGCACAAAGCAUUGCUCAGUACACAAAUGAAAUAAAUCUACUGAAAAGAUUACAAGGAAAUCCGCAUAUUAUCAAGCUUAUUGCUGCCGAGCAGGAUCUUCAGCAGCGGCAGAUCAACGUGAUUAUGGAACAUGGCGAGAUCGAUCUAAGCGAGCGACUUCGCGACUUGAACGGCGGCAUGGAUGAAAAUUUGUUACGAGUAAUUUGGACUCAGAUGCUUCAAGCUGUUGAUGCCAUUCACAGCAUGCGAAUUAUUCACGGCGAUCUAAAACCAGCAAAUUUCUUGUUUGUAAAUGGUGCACUGAAGCUUAUCGAUUUCGGAAUCGCAAAGGCAAUUCCUUCGAACGACACGACAAAUAUCGAACGCGACAGUCAGAUCGGCACGGUCAAUUAUAUGUCUCCUGAGGCUAUACAAGGCAAUACGUUGCCUAACGGCGAGCGCCAUCCUGAAGGAAAGAUGAAGGUUGGACGUGCAAGUGACAUUUGGUCGCUAGGGUGCAUUCUCUAUCAGAUUGUGUAUUCAAAGCCCCCAUUCGCGGAUGUGCGCAGCAUUAUAGACAAAUUUCGCUGUAUCAUCGAUCCGGCUGUACCAAUUUCGUUUCCUUCGCUGCAGAACCAAGACCUGGAAGGUGUGAUUCGCUCCUGCUUGCAGCGAGACCAUCGCCGUCGACCCCCAAUCACCGGAGAAAGAGGGUUAUUAAACCAUCCAUUCUUGCGGAGUCGAGGCUCGAGCGCGUUCGUGUUAUCAAAUAACACGGUGACCAUGUCCAAUGCGCCACAAGUUCUCUCGCAGCUCGGUGAUCUAUUGCGCUCGCAGGGAUUACCAAGUGAUCGCGUUAACAUGUUCAUGUCCAUCGGACUGGAAAGCAUACGAAAUGCAAGUGCCGACGCAUCUCGGACCUCUCACGACUACAACACGCAAGAGCGGCGAACAGAUAUUUAA